ACUCAUAUCAUUUCCCUCCUGUUACCUCGCUAUGACUUGUGUCAUAAUCACAGAAUUAGGCGUGAAAAUCUUUAACCCAGAUCCAGAUUCGUUCGAUGUUGGGGACUUGUGGGUAGUUUUCGUGUAGGAUCGAUGGAUUAUUCUGAUUCUGGAUUGUAUGACAGGAAUAUGAAGAAUUUGUGUGAAAUGGACCUAUCGGACAUGAGUAACAUGAAAAAAAUGAGUUCAAUGACAUUAGACGAAAAAGAUAGAAACUAUGGUAGUUCGAAGCUUUCUUGGCACACAGAGGAGACGCUCACUCACCGAGAACCUGAAAUGACAAUCCCACUUGUUAGUCCAGGAAUAGAAGUGACGAAGUGUAUAAAAAAUGAUGGCAGCUGCAUUCCUCUCCGGAAGCUUGGCUGCUUUGAAAUUCCGGCCAUCAUCACGGGAAUGCACCAGGUGACUGGAGCACACAGACCUAUUGAUAUUGAAAAAUCGGUGCAUGACAUGAAACUCUAUGCUUUUGCCGGGCUUGGAGUUUUUGACGUGGCCGAUACAUAUGGACCUGCUGAAGAUAUUUAUGGCAGGUUUUAUGAUGAAUAUUGGGGCCGCAGGCCAGUCCUUGGUUUCACAAAAUUUGACCCUGGCUACGGCAAUACUGGUGCAGACACUCGGCUUGUGGUGGAAGCUAUUAUAGAUCGGUCUCGGAAUCGAAUGAGAGUGGCCACCUUGGACAUGGUCCAGUUCCAUUGGUGGGAUUAUAGCGAUGAGCGUUAUUGUGUUUCUGUGAAGUGGCUACACACUCUUCAACAAGAGGGCAAAAUCAAGGAGCUGGGACUAACAAAUUUCGACACUGAACACAUGGCGAAAAUAGUUGAGGACUGUGGGAUCCGAGCAGUGUCCAAUCAAGUGACAUACUCUGUGAUUGAUACACGGCCCGAGAAGAAAAUGAUUGCAUGGUGCUUACAACAUGAUGUGAAGCUUCUUGCUUACGGGACGUUAAUGGGCGGCCUUCUUUCAGAAAAAUAUUUGGGACAACCUGAGCCCCUGAGGACAGACCCUAUCAAUACACCGUCAAUCUCCAAAUAUAAAUAUAUUAUAAAUGCAUGGGGAGGUUGGGCUCUAUUUCAGGAACUCCUCCUUGUUUUAAGCAUGAUUGCCAAAAAACAUAGGAUUAGCAUUAGCAAUGUGGCUGUGAGAUAUAUUGCAGACAAGCCUGCAGUUGCCGCAGUUAUUGUAGGUGCUCGGCUUGGGGCGUCACAACACAUUGCUAGUAACCAGGCUAUAUAUUCAUUCCCAGGUCUAGAUGAGGGAGACAUUGAUCUCAUACACUCUAUUGUGAAGAAGGGAAGUGAGCUCCAUGGAGAUCCUGGAGAUGAGUUCAGAUAGUUUGUGGAAAUUGUCUUGAUAAUAUUAUUGGAUACAACACAGUGUCUCUCUUGGAUGUUUUAGUAUGUUUCAUAUUUGAAUCUCAGCCUAAUGAUCACGCCUUGACUGAUGGUACCAUUUCUUUAAAGAAAUUUGCACCCAUUAUGGAAUCAUGACCACAAUCUUGCAUUUUAACUGUUACACCAAAAUCAAGCUGCAAGAUGAAUUUGGAACUGAGUCCAAUUUCAGCUUUUAUUUUCAAAGCACACUUUAAGUCAUCUGUUUUGUAGCUUACCUCCCGUCACAAGUAUUCUUAGAUGGUAUUUUGCUUGUAUUUAUCUCAGGCGUUAACUGAUUAUACUUACUUUAGCGAAAAAGCAUACACCAAACAAGACAUGAGUUAUAUAAAAUUGUAAAAGCAAUCAUACUGUGUAAUCACUGCAA